UCUUGUAGUAAAACAAAAAUGUUUUGCAAUUUAUUAAAUCGAAAUUAAUGUUUAUACAUUUUAUUAAGUGUAAUGGCUAUAUUCGAAAAAUCAUUUCAGACCAGACCUAUUAUAGAUGAUACGGAUAAGCUUGUUUGUACAUUAGAAAAUGCGCAAAAUAUCAAUAAACACACAGAGUAUGUCUUGCGUGUGCAACGAGGGCCUUGUAAAGAAAAUAAGUGGACAGUGUCCCGGCGUUACAGGGAUUUUGCUGCUCUACAAAUGAGUCUUCAACAGGCUAAUAUUGACCUUCCUUUGCCUCCUAAGAAACUAAUAGGUAACAUGCAACCUUCUUUUGUGGCUGAAAGACAAAUAGCAUUGCAGAAUUAUAUAUCUGAAGUACUGAAACAUCAGAUCUUAGCAUUAUCAUUACCAGUGAGAAGCUUUUUGGACCCCACCAAUUAUUCUAUGACAAUAGCGGAGCAGGCUCUCCAAACAGUAUCAAUAGCAUUGAGAGGUGAUGGCCACUAUGAAUUAAAAGGACCUUUGACCAAUAUAAAUUGGAGGAUACGGAAACACUAUUUUUCUGUUAUUGACUCGGACAAAACAAAUUGUGUGCUCGCGUGGCAGAGCUAUGGACCAGAUAAGCAUUUACAGAGUAAGGAUUUACAAAGCGCAUUUAAAAGUUUGCAAAGUAUAUCUCAUCCAUACAUAGACGAAGUAUUAACGAUACACACACUGGAAACGGGUGCGUAUGUAGUGCGUCGGUUACACGAAAAUGGAACAGUUAGAGAUCUGCUAUAUGGCACAGACUAUAGCAAGAGUUACCUGGCGAAGUAUGGCAACCCGAAAAUAAGGAAGCCAUUCACGACGGGUCAAAUUGCGCACUAUGGAUAUCAAAUAUUACAAGCUUUAAAAUUUCUACAUGAUAAGGGUUUGCCGCAUGGCCACCUCCACCCAGGGAACAUAGCAAUAUUAAACCAAAGAGCUGUUCUAUUGGACGUCGAGAACAUUCUAAUGGGUGUGCCAAGUUUGUACCGACCAUAUUUGGUACAAAUGAAGCACAUGACACCAGAAGCCAUAGAUGUGUAUAGUUUCGGGAGGACGUUAUAUGAAAUGGCGUUCGCGGAGACGUUGGAUAGCUGUUACUGUGAUAAAUAUGGAGAGAUUUACGAUGAUUUGGAAUCACUACUCCACCUGACUCUCUCCACUGCCUCCUGGAAGCAAGGUGGAGUAACCCUGGAGGAACUACAGCAUCACACCCUCUUUCGUCACGCCAAUGGUCUAGCAAGUGUGAACGUAAGAGGACAUCUCAAGUUCCCGCUACAAUUGAAGGAGGAGAUCAGAGCGGCGGUGGAUGCUGUGCAGGCGAGGUUGGAGGGUGAUCAGAAAAUGGUAAGGAGAGCUCGAAGAGAAGUUAGGAUACAGGAAAUACUCGGUUCAGAAGAGGAAAUGAGAAAGCAAAGGAGAAGAGCGAGGAAACGCGACAGUAUAUGGAAGUCGACAUCGUCGCUAGCGGACACAGUUCGCUCCCACUCCCCACACUCGCCCAGCACCGUGUCCUCGCCCACACCGCCACACACUUCGGCCGGCGAAACAAGCAUAAUAUCACCGCACUCAGCGAGCGACGGACGCGGUGCGUUACUUCAAGCGAUCUGUGCUUUCGACAAGAAAUCCCUUGCGCGAGUUAACUCUCAGUAGAUCGAAUCUUGUACCAAAAAAUAAUAAUUUACUUGUCAAACCGUAUUAAUAUCGCAUAUUUAUUGUAAUUGUGAAAUCUAAAACUUAAUACUUAUAUUGUACAAAUAGGAGGUUAAAUCAUAUUAUGUUAUUUAAUACAACAACAAAAAAUGAGUGGUAUUUACUUGGAAAACAUGAUUUUCUCAUGUGAAUUUUGUGUAUCAAUCAAUUGUAUUAGUACGCUUUGCCAAAUAAAGAAUUAAGUAAUGGUAACCCAUAACCCUGCUGUGUAGGAAGGUAUGUGUCCUCUCGAAUAUGGCAAUACGGUAUUUAACUAAAGAUAUUAUAGCAGUCGUAAGCCAUAUUAAAAUAAUAGAAAAUUCACAUUCCUAGUUUAAUUUAUGUAAAAAAAAUACAAUAAAAUGGCGGAGUUGAUUCUACUUAAAGAUAUGAUUAUAUGUUUAAUUCAAUUAUAAACUUGAUCCUGACUGUAGUCGGUUGUAAGUCAUGUAAAAAACGACGUGUGGCACUCGGGGACUGCCGCGGUAAAGCUAUUGCAUGCUAUGCCUUCAAGCCACACCUCCGCCCGUCGGAGUGGGGAGCGUGAGGUUUUUUCGUUACGGAAUUUCUCGAUUCGGUCCCCGCGCUCAAGGCCCGUGAUAGAAGCUAUACAAUAGCUUAAAAAUAGAUAUUUGAGUUUGUUAAUUUUUAAACUAACGAAUUCAAAAUGAGAAACUGCUCAUGUGAUUAAUAUUCGUAAUAUAGUGUAACAUAACCCAGAUAGAAGAUAAAUAAAAAAAAAUAUUCUUUAUGUCUUAUACAACAUUUAAAUAGACAUUUUGUUAUUUCCAUGAUUUCAACGAAUCAUCAAAAUAAUGUUUUUUUAAUGUAUUGGCUAGUACAGAAAUACGUAAUCAAAUUGUAUUGUCCAUCUUUACAUUCUACUAACUCACUUUAAUAAACAUGUAAUAUAAUCAUGUUUUGCGACUUAACUGCGCCUAAAAAGAGAAUUCUACAUAUUUUCUCUGUGGAAAUAUGGAAUAAUAAUAACUUGAGAAGUGACUUCAUUUUAAGAAUAAUUAAAAAAAACAUGGCGGCUUUUUGGCGCCAAAUUGUAUAUCAUAAUCAUAAGUUUAUUCUUUCAAUAAUUAUUUGUUUUCUUUUGUGUAAUAUGUUAUUCAUGAGUACAAGACAAAUAUAUUUUGUUGAAUAAUAAAAUCGAACAAACAGUUCUUCGAUACGUAUUACGAACAUUAGUUUUAAAUCAAAAUGUGAAUUUUGCAUUUGUGUGCUAUAGGAAAUUGACAGUAUUAUAAAAUAUUCUGGACUGUAUUGGUUAAUAUAUUAUCAUAUAAAAUAUGUAUCCGUCCGAAUGUACACCUAUUUUUUCUAUAAUAGCUACUGAUUGAUAGUUAUGCCUUGAACUUAUAUUGUAUGGUCUUCUGUUUUAUUUUCAUUUUUUAAGUGAACUUUGCUUGUAAUAAAUUUUCUGCAUUUCUAUAAAUUGUGUAUAAAUAACACAAUACACAUCAUUAUAUCAAAAUGCACACAAAUGCAAUCUAAUAGAUCCAUCAUCCGUAGAAUAAAUAUUUAAAAUGCUAUUUAAAUGAUCUUAUUACAUACAAAAUUAACGUUUAAGUAUAAAACUGUAAAGUGAUAUUAUGACUGGUCACCUAAUUUUACUACUUUUAUUAUGAAUUUAUUUUUUGUUAUUAAGAUUCAUAAUUAUAGGUUUAAGGAACAUAAAUUAUUUUUCAUAUACUAAUUAUAAUUUUGUUGUAAAUUGUAAGAGAAUAUAAUAUGAUAGUUGCAGAAA